GAAGGUUCCAGUGAACUGGUAGGGUUGUUGUACAGCUCAAAAGCUUGUGUCUGCCGCGUGUCCAUCAGCAGCCACAGUCACUUGACCCUGUCACUUCUCCUUCAAUAUUCACCGGUCGCUGUCACCGUUGUCUGUAGGCCUUUUCCCCUAGUCUUGAAUAUCAAGCGUAUUUAAGUACCAGCCUGCUGCUUCACCUCCUUUCUUCCGUCACCACAACACAGACCGAGUUUGCCCUCAGAAAACUUCAAAAAAAUGACACUCAAGUCGUCUCUCCUGUCCGCGGCGCUGUUGGCCGCCAGCGUCGUUGCUGAUGCUGCAUAUCCCUGGCAAGCGCCGUCGUCAAGCGACCGACGAAGCCCCUGCCCCAUGGUCAACACUCUGGCCAACCAUGGAUACCUUCCUCGAGACGGCCUGGCGAUUACGCUCCCCAUUCUUCUGAAGGGUUUCACCGACGCGAUCAACUUGGACCCGUCGGCAACGCUGCUCGUUGGAACCAAAGCCCUCCAGACAUCGACUACAGGCGACAACUCAUCCUUCAACCUGGAUGAUCUCAGCACACAUGGAAUCAUUGAACACGAUGGCAGUCUCAGCCGCGCAGACAUCUUCUUCGGCGACAACCACAGCUUCAACGCGACCAUCUGGGGGACCGUGGCCUCCUUCUUCACCGAGGAUACCAUCGACAUCACGACAGCAGCACGCGCAAGGGCAGCCCGACUGGCAGCUGCGGCGAAGGAGAACCCACAGUUCAACCUGACGUCGGACGGGACCAAUUUCAGUUUCAUCGAGUCUGCCCUGUACCUUUCCGUCUUCAACAACGGCUCAUUGACGACCGCAGUGACCGAGUGGGUCAAGGUCAUGUUCCAGGAGGAGAGGCUUCCAUUUGAGGAAGGCUUCACUCGGUCAGAUGGCAUUGUGAGCACCGUGGGUAUAUUGGCCAAGCAAGCAGCGGUGGCUGCUGCGAGCAUUGGGCUUUGAAGAAAAAAGAUGGAACUUUUUGACUGCUUGUAUAUACAGCUAAAGUUGCA